CCGAAAAAAUCAACACAAAACGUCAAAUUGUUAUGUCAAACACCGCAACAUUCAUACAAGAUUUAUUUUAAAUAUAUUUUCUUUAAACAAAUACAAAUGGUACGCAAUCUUUGAUGGACAACGACGAAAAAAAUAAAACAACAGAUGGGGACAACACAACUACGGUCGAUUUGAAACCGAGCGAUGUUAAAAGUCAACGUUCUAACGCUAAUAUUGAGGAUGCAGGACCGUCAGGAGCCAAUAAUCUGCCUGGAGCAGUCCAGCAAGCUAAAACCUGCUUACAAGCUAAACCUGGCCUAUCAAAAUCCGAACACAGCAUGCGACAUAUCAUCACAAGCAAAGACGUAACGAACGCACUCAAAUCUCUCAGCUUCGGCACACCAGCCCAAGCAAUUAAAAACCUUAACCUAAAAGAAUUAAAGAUACCAAUCCUAGACAGAGACGAAAAUGCUGACAAUUCUGCUACAUUCAUAGACUUGAAGAAAUUCAUGGCUUCGUGUUUUAAAGUCAAUAGAGAACCAGGUGCUAUGGUUUUGGGUGAAAUACCGACGGUGCCAAUUACCAAUGUGCCAAUAGCUACUAUACCAAUCACCACUAUCCCAAUAACCACUAUCCCAAUCACCACUGUACCAAUCACCACUGUGCCAAUAACUAGUAUGCCAGUUGUUCAUCCAGUUAUUUCAACUGUACCCGAACCUACUGAAAUGGCUAACCCAAGUUAUAGUAAUGUGACUAAUGUACAAACUGAAUGCCGGUCUAUAAAUACGAAUGAAGUUAUAGUAACAAAUACUAUUGAACCUAAAAUAUCGAAACCAGAUAAAAAGAAGACUUCGGGAACGCUCUCUGAGAAAUCUGAUUUGGGUAUUACGGCUAGAGAUUCUCUGUCCAGUAUUGGAUCAAAUGUUUGCAGAAUAUGUAUGACGCGCGGAAGGGAAAGAUUAAUUUCCCCAUGCAACUGUAAAGGCUCCCUGGCAAACGUCCACCUGAGCUGCCUCGAGCGAUGGCUCAACCAAGUUGGAAGGAACCAUUGUGAACUGUGUGGGUUCAGUUACCCAGCUAUUCGGACGCCGAGGUACACAGUGUUGCAAGCGCUACGGCUGUGGUUCGGUAACCCUAGGAAUAGAAGCCAUUUGCAGUCGGAUUGUCUGAUAUUCUGGCUGCUAUCGACCGUGACCGCUGGCCUUCUAGCUGUAUGCAUCGUCGGAACUCAAUACUUCGUGAUUGAGGGAACCAAUUUUGGUAAGCUCGACGCAACAGUGCGAAAAGAGGAAGGUCGCAUCUUUUCAGGGAUAUCGCACCGCAUCACCGAAACUGCCAUGGAUUUUUUCAUGGCGAUCGUAUUGUGCGGUUACUCUGUCACUGUCUACCUUCUUUGGAAGGACCAUUACGUGAUGUGGAACCGAUGGCGCAGGGCCAAUGUGAACGUGAGGCUACUCCUCACUCCUGACUCCCAUCCCGUACCAUUUGUACCACGGCCAAGGUAUAAUGUGGUUUAAUGAUUUUAUCGUCUUAUUUAGCAACUUUGUGUGAUCAGUACCUUUUAAAUAUUAUAUGGAAGGAUUCUUAGUUUGAA